GGGCGUGAGCACCUUGUCUUUCUUCUUCUACAUCCCCCUCCGCGGGCACUUCCCUUCCCCUUCGACCUUCUUUUUCUUCCUCUCGGAGCGGCGGCGUACAGCAUCAGUGCUGCACAAGGCUCUACGCGCACUUGAGCUUGCUGCGGCCACGCCCUCCAAUAUUCCCCUUUUCACCCUUGAAAUCUGAAAGAGAUCAGGAUCUACACGCUGGCCAUCUCCUACCUGCCGAGUACGAUCACCCAUUCAUCGACAACCAGCAACACAUACCAGCAUGUCUACCUCAUCCAUUGACUGGGCGUCCGCCGCCUCCCCCACUUUUACGGCGACUUCUUUCAGCUCAAGCUUUGACAUUAUAUCCGGACGCUCGCGCUCUUCGACGACGUCUACCCUGUCUUUGCAGGCCGCGACCGAUGACGACGAAAUCGUUUGGGGCGUUCAGUCCGCCUCAGACGGAUCCGACAGUACGCAGAGCAGCAGCUCCUACGCCUCGGAAGAUGAAGACUUCGUCCUUUUGGAUACGGGCCGCCCUCCCGCCGACCCUGCCACCCCUAACGCUGCAGCCAACCGUGUGCUGCCUUCUGCGUCUACUGCUCCCGCUACGGCCGAUGCCGACAUUCUCGCGGACGAGCUCGCGGACAUGUCGCUGAACAAGCGCAAGACGCGGAGGGGGAAGAGGGCCGGUGCGGCGGCGCGGGCGCGCGUCUCGGGGGCCGCUACGCCUGAGAGCGACGUUUCGUCUGCGCCUUCGAGUCCGCCGGCCUCCCCGCGCCGCCGCAAGCAGAAGCACUCGCUAGCUGGGUCCGCCGCGUCGCCUGUCAUGGGCCUCGGCGCGCGACCCAUCGUGGAGGACGUGUCGGACAUCGCCUCUGAGCGCGCCGACGACCUCCCGUACGAGGACGCCGCGAAGUACAUCACGUCGUACCUCUCGAACCCUACCAAGGAUCGCGUGGCGAGCCUCACGCUGCUGCAGUCGCUCAUCAUCGAGCUCGGCCUCGCGCCCGCCGCGCUGCCGGACUCGCUGACUGCGGCGCGCAACCUGCUGAAGGCGCACGCGUUCCUCAACAUCCGCGAGUACCUCGCGGUGCGCGCGCAGGGGCCCGACGCGGUCCAGCGCGUGAUGCACCCGAGCCGCUCGUCGCUCAUCCGCGACAUCCGCAAGAAGCGCAACGCCGCGAACCUGCGCGCGGUGAAGGAGAGCGGCCUCAACGUCCUCCUCGUCACCUGCUACCACUGAGGAGCCAGCGCGCCCGGCCGCCGCUCCCCCUCGCAUCGAUAUCGAUACUCACACCAGCACCGACACCAGCACCAAGGUGUGCUUCAGCACCACGGCGUGCCCUACCAUCGAAUUGUACUUGUAAAAUCUCAUGCUUUCUCCCUUGUUCGCCUUUCUGACCAGCGUAGAUAUUUAUUCUGAUCUCAUCCCUCCUUGUUCUUGUCUGUUUUCCGCUCACCGUCCCAUUGAUCCUCGCCUACCAUACGAGUGCCCCCGCUGCAGCUGGGACCACUUUCCUUAGCUUAUGAUAAUGUCUGCCUACGUAGCAGCCGUUCUAUGACUUGACGCGCCGUAUGCCCAUUCUUCGCGGUACGCUGUAUGUAGUAUGAUGUAUAUGAGUUAUUGCUCGGUUUUCUUCUCACUUGUCUGGCCUGAAGCCGAGCUCGAUCCGCGAGUGCCAUCAAUGGAGUGAGGUGUGU